ACUACUUUGAAUUAUACCGCUUAGCGACUUCAGUACAUGCCUCAUAGCUCCAGUCUCAAACUUAACCCGUUCCUGAUUAUGAAGAAGAGGUGGUCUGCCUGCUGGAUGGAGAAAGACGCUCUCGUGGAAGAGGAGGCUGUUACAAUACAAAAACAAGUAGAGGUUGAGGCUGUUACCGUGAAAGAAGAAGAGAAAGAGGUCUCAGUUAAAGAAGAGGAAGACUCGUUCAUAGUCAAAGAGGGGGACGGCGACGUUUCAGUGAAAGAAGAAGAAGAAGAAGAAGAGGAGGGGGAGGUGACUGUCACAUCGGAAAAUGAAGAAGAGGAGGAAACUGGAUAUCAGGGCCCGGUUUCCCAAGCGCAUCUUAAGGCGUCCGAUGGUUCUAACGAUGAACCGGCCCUGAUUAACCCUAGAGAGAGACCUGACUAUCGUGGAUCCUCUGGGGGCCUCAACAACCUCAUGAUGCUGACAGGGCAGAGAAGAGUCUCUCAAAACACCUCAAAAACACCAGCAGAGACCAAGAAACACCAGCAGAGACCCACAGGAAGAAAUCUCAUUGCUGCUCUGACUGAGGGAGCCGGUCAUCAACACAACCUGAGGGAGGAGGGAGCCGGUCAUCGACACAACCUCAACGACUAG